AUCAAGUUUGAUGUUAUUUCUCAUUUCAUAAUUAUCUUAAAAUCCAACUAACAAAGAAAAAAAACACAUUUACGAAAAUCUCACAAUCACAAAGACUUUCAGAAAUCUGAUUUGUCUGUAAUUUGUCCGGCGCCAUAACGGUCAAAACCUGUCAGUUCAGUCUCAAUCAUCUCCGGUUUGAAGCCGUCAGAUUACUCGUCGCAGUGGAUCAGUCCGAUUUGUCUUUCAACCAGGUGCGGCUCGGUUUCUUGAUUAAUCUCUGAUUCUUUACUUUUUGAUUCGGAUCACGAGCCGUUGAUUUAUUUGAUCAAAAUUUUCGAUUUCAUUUCCAAAUGAUUAAUGGAGAGGGGACUCGCGAGGAGAACCUCGCCCAAGUCGCCUCUCCCGAUCCGUUCGAUCCAUCCCGUUCGAAAUCGGACGGUGGUGACGGCGGCGGUGCCUCGACGGCGUCCUCGCCGCACUACUCAUCUUGCGGAGAGUCUGAGCUCGAACGAUAUUGCAGCGCAAACUCGGUGCUCGGAACGCCGAGUUCGACAGCUACAUUCAAUGAUUGUUUCGGAGAAUCUGAGUUCGGGUCAGUGAGGAGUGUUAGUGGUUUUGGAUUAGGUGAUGAUUUUGAGAAUUUCCAUUUGGAGGAGAACCAGAAAGUUCCAUCCAGUCGAAGAAUUGAGUUUCCAAAAGGCAGAAUCGAAGACGGAGGGGUUGUUAAUGUUAAAAGUGUUGAAGAAGGUAGUUCUUCAUGUUUGGUUUCGGAGUUAAUGGAGGAAGAUGGGAAUUCUUUGAGAUAUGAGCAUUCAGAAGGGGAGGAUUCGAUGUAUAACUAUGGCACGGAUGAUGGUGAGUGUAGGAAUAAUUGUUAUUAUAGGAAGAAAGAUAAUAAUGAGUAUGACACUAAGAAUGUGAGCGAGAAUCCUUUAGGGAUUAAUUCAUCUGUGGCCUUUGGUUCCAAUGAUUGGGAUGAUUUUGAGCAAGAAGCGGGCACAACUGAUCUGGCUUCUUUCAUGCUAGAUGCAUCUUCUGUGAGGGAACAAGUUCAAGCUGGGAAUGAAUUGCAACAGAAUGUCAAUAGUUUUGGUGAAUUUCCAAUUGGUUUAUUGAGUUCAGUUGAAUCAGAACUUGUAGAAGAAGUGAAAGACAUUCCUGUGGCUAGUUAUCAGGAACAGGUGGCUGAUGACUUAGUUGAAGAGGCAAAAAGUUCUUUGGUCAAUGUAAUCAGUUCUCAAAGGGGUCAUGAGGUAGAGAAAUAUGUGAGAGAUAUUCCUGUUACUAGAAAUCAACUCCAAGAUGCUGAUGAUGACAUGAAGUAUCUAGAAACUUGUUCUGUUACUGAUGUCUUUGCAAUGGAGCAGGACCCCCCUAUUGAAAAAGCCCCUGUGGAGAUAGGUUUGGAUGUUUUGGAUUCCGACAGGGUAAGGCAGCAUCAAUCUGCACAUGCUAAGGAAGUGAUUGCUGUUGAUGAGAGUAUAUUACCAGAAAGACAGGAAAUAGGCAAUUAUAAAGCAGAAUUAGAUCCCCUUGCUGAUUGUGCCCAUCCAGUCUACACUCCUCAAAAAGUAAAUGCACAACUGUUUGAUGAUUGCAAACCAGAUUCACCCACAUCUACAUGUGAAAAUAUUGUGAGCGGUAGUACAUUCAAGAAUCUUCCUGUGCCAGCAGAUGUAGUUGAAGAACAUCCUGGACCAGUUAAGAUGGAGAAUCCUGAGCUAAAUGAAUUUUAUGAUGAGGUUGUUCAUGACAUGGAAGAAAUUUUGCUUGAGUCUGUUGACUCUCCUGGAGCCAUGUUCUCUCAGGGUAAUAGGAUGUUCCAACCACAGUUAUCUUUACCUCUAAGAGAUGGAGGGUCAACUGCUUCUACUUCAGGUGCAGAUGAUGCUUACUCACACUCUGCACAUUUGCUGAGAAUAGAUGGUGUUGAAGUGGUAGGUGCAAAGCAGAAGAAAGGAGACGUCUCAUUUAGUGAAAGAUUGGUUGGGGUAAAGGAGUACACUGUAUAUAAGAUAAGAGUGUGGUGUGGCAAUGACCAGUGGGAGGUUGAACGCAGAUACCGUGAUUUCUGCACACUCCAUCGUCGCUUGAAAUCGUUAUUCUCUGAUCAAGGUUGGAGUCUUCCUUCUCCCUGGUCAUCUGUAGAAAGGGAAUCUCGAAAGAUAUUUGGGAAUGCAGCUCCUGAUGUUAUUGCUGAAAGAAGUGUCCUGAUUCAAGAAUGUUUGCAUUCCAUUAUCCAUUCCAGGUCUUUUUCUAGUCCUCCAAGUGCAUUGCUUUGGUUUUUGUCUCCUCAAGAUUCAUUUCCUAGCACCCCUCCAUCAAAUACUCUGUCGUCUCAGUCUACAGAUUUUUCAAGAGGGGCAGGUACAGAAAAGAUUUCUCCUUUAGGGAAGACUAUAUCGCUUAUUGUUGAAGUUCGACCACCCAAACCAAUGAAACAGAUUUUAGAAGCUCAACAUUACACUUGUGCUGGAUGCCACAAACAUUUUGAUGAUGGAAUGACUCUGAUGCUAGAUUUGGUCCAGUCACUUGGAUGGGGAAAGCCUAGACUUUGUGAAUACACCGGCCAGUUGUUUUGUUCAUCCUGUCACACAAAUGAGAUGGCAGUCUUACCAGCAAGAGUGUUGCAUAAUUGGGAUUUUACUGGGUAUCCAGUUUCUCAAUUGGCUAAAUCGUAUCUGGACUCUAUACAUGACCAGCCCAUGCUUUGUGUUAGUGCAGUUAAUCCUUUUCUGUUUUCGAAGGUUCCAACCCUGCACCAUGUUAUGGGCAUCAGGAAAAAAAUAGGAAAUAUGCUUCCAUAUGUUCGCUGUCCAUUUCGGAUGUCAAUCAACAAAGGACUUGGGUCUCGAAGAUAUCUUCUUGAAAGCAACGAUUUUUUUGCACUUAGAGAUCUCAUAGAUCUUUCCAAAGGAGCUUUUGCAGCUCUUCCUGUGAUGGUUGAAACUGUAUCAAGGAAAAUUCAGGAGCAUAUUGUAGAACAAUGCCUCAUAUGCUGUGAUGUGGGAAUCCCCUGCAGUGCUCGUCAGUCUUGUAAUGACCCAUCAUCUCUCAUAUUUCCUUUUCAGGAAGGUGAGAUUGAAAAGUGUAUGUCCUGUGGAUCAGUUUUUCAUAAGCAUUGCUUUAAAAAGCUUGCAGAAUGUCCAUGUGGGGCGCUACUUAGGGCAGAUGAAGCUACAAGGCAUUCAAAUAGUCUAAUCCGUGGUGUCAGUUUUGGGGCAAGUGGAGCUUUGGACUUGUUAGGGAAGAGGUCAAGUUCUGGGUUACCCGUGGGUUUCCUCUCUGGACUAUUUUCAAAGACAAAGCCAGAAGGGAUGGAGCAUAAGGAUAAUGAAAAUAUCAUUCUAAUGGGUUCUAUGCCCAGCAAUUAUUUGUGAUCACAUGUGAUGUAUACUUUGUAAGUUACUUUGAUUUGACAGGCUGGAGUUCUUUUGUUGGAGCUUGGUCUAUUAACUGAUAUCGAUGUGACCAAAUUCUGAGGUGCUGACCGGCCACCUGUAGAUAAAACAUACACGACAAGAAAGCUGUCUCGAGGGCCAUCAUGUAUGUACAUAGAUUUCUUUCAGAUUUACAGUUUUCUGGUGGUCAAAAUCUGGUAAAACUUUCCAAAGUUGAUAAUUUUAGAAGUUGUAAAUCUUGUUUCUGCAAAAGGGUUGAUUAGUGGGAAAGUACAAUGUUGUCUUUAGCCAAAUUGUUGUCAUUGAAAUUGUCUGUAAACACUCCUAAACGAGGAUUAUCCUAUUGAUUGCAUUAAGAGAAUCCCUUUUAAUAGCGAGCAACUCGACAAGUUUCGUCGAGUCAAUUACAUUAACUGAUUCAGAAAACAUAAGCUUAA